AACCUUCUUUUAUAGACAAAACUCUCCAUGGUAACGAGGGUGCAAAAAACAUAUUCCAGACUGACUGAAAUAGAUCUAAAUGUAUUCUUGUUAUUUGUCGCGUACGUAACCUUCUUUUAGAUUUUAUGCAAAAAAUAUCCAAAUGCUUAAAUUUCAACAAGUCACUUCGGAGGAUCGUAAGUUAGCCGUGUCUAUAGAACGUAAACGACUACUUGAAGAAGCGAGAAAAUCACGCAUCUUUAAUCCUCGUGUCAGAAAAAUUGGAAUAGACAAGACAUACUUGGAUAAGCAAGUCGAGGAAAAGAAGCGACAGCAUGAGUGGGAACAGGCACGAGAAUGUCAAUUUGAUGACGCUCUCGUUCGCAGCAGCAAGCUUGCUGCGCAUUUGGAGAAACAACAAGAAGAGGAAAGACGAAAGAUACACAAAGAGAUUGAGUCCUUUCGACGGGAGUGUCAGCGAAUCGAAGACCGUCGAGAUUAUGAUCUUUAUGACCCCAAGGCGCUUAAAAAAUCCCGGUCAACGGAGGCCGACGAUCCGUGCGUGGGAGUAGCGUCCGCUCAGAAGUUUGAAGGCGAGGAUCCCUAUUUUCAUGAGCGCCUAAAGGCGCAGAAAGAACAGAUGCGUCACUGGAUUCAGCAGCAGAAGGAAGAACGUAAAGCGGCUGAGAAGGUACAACAGGACACCGAGAAAGUCUAUCAAGAAAUUAUCCUUUCCAGAGAUAAACGCGCAAUGAUGCUGGCUCGGAUAGAGGAAGAAUACCGGCGAAAGUUGACCGAAGUUACGACGAGAUUUAAUCGUGCUCUGGUAGAAACAGUUUUUCAUUUGAGCUAUAUAUGA